AUGGCGCCCCGUACUAUCGACUCUCAGUACAUUGUCGACGCCGCAAAUGACGCUCCAAGCAAGGAUUCCACUCCAAAGGGUGCUGUGGAACUUGCAGCCGGCCAGGUUCCCCCACCAAGAAUCAGCCAAAACUUCCUCGGCCCCGUUGAUGAUACAUCCCAGAUAAGGAACAAAAGAUGCCAGGAGGGGACGAUGGAAUAUGUUCGUCACCUUGUCCACCUUCAGUACCUGGACGCCGGCGCAAUCCAGAUUGUGCAGUCCAAGCGCGAUCCUCCGACUCAUGGCAUUGGGUUGCAGCCACUCGGGAGGGGCCAAGAGUUGGGCGGUAGACGUCAGGCAGCGGGCACGUAG